AUGCCGCGAAUGCUGAGACCUGUGCCCCAAGUCGUUAUGGUGCGCCACCCACGGCGAAGUGGCGUGCUAGGGCUUGGUGCUGGGCUGGUUUUCUUGAGCUUCGUCAGCAAGUUCAGCGAGAGGGUCCAAAUUUACAAGGCAAAGAACCUGAAGGUCAAGAAUGCGAAGCCACGGCGAGUGGAAGGCUUGACAGACUUGAUGAGGUUUAUUCUGGGGUCAACUUGUAGCUUGCGGGAGUUCUUCACCGUUUCGAAGCUGUCGCUCAUGUUGCUUCUACGCACCGUUGGCUCUGUUUGGGUCUCCAAACACUGGGGCAGUAUUGUGAACUCGGUGGUGUCACAAGAUUUUGUUCGACUGGCCAGACUGGUUUCAGAAUUCGCAGGUGCAACUGUUUUUCUUUCACUGCUGAAUGCACUUCUAAAGUACUACAUCAGUGCCCUUAGAUUGCAAGUUCGUGAAAAGAUCACACUUUGGUGUCACGAGAAGUACAUGCGCCCCAAAGACAUGAUCUUUUACAAGGCCAACAAAGUUGGACAGAAGAUUGAUAACUGCGACCACCAGAUCACCUCAGACGUGGAAAGGUUUUCCGACGUCUUUGCAGAAGUCUUCUCGCAGUCGCUGAAGCCCAUUGUUGACUUUCUCGUUUAUUCCGUGGAGCUCAGCCGGGUUCAGGGCCUCGCAACCCCCUUGACAUUGUACUCUUGGUUUGCCUUUGCUUCGUGCAUUUCGGCAGUGACCUUGCCUCCAUUUGGCGAGCUGGCAGCUGGCGAGCAAAGACUGGAAGGCAACUUUCGUGGGAAGCAUUCUGAGCUCAUCACGAAUUGUGAACAGAUUGCCUUCCUGGGUGGUGAACGGCCUGAGAAAGAUGUUCUGAACAGUUCCUGUGCGGAGCUCAUAAGCCACUGCAAACGCACCAUCAACCUCUCCUUUAACUCAGAGGUGCUCAGGCAGUACCUCAACAAAUAUUUCUGUACUGUGAUUGGGUUGAUCCUCAUUGCGCGGCCUUUGCGUCUCCGCUCGCAGCAAUUGCCGCCAUUUACAAGUGAUCAAAUUGCACAGUAUUUUACAUCGACCUGGAGAAACAUGGAGGCCAUGGCCACAGCCAUCCAGGAUUUGUUCGAGCUCACAAACCGCAUCGGGAGAUUGAGCGGCUUCGCCACUCGAGUUCGGCAACUCAUGCUGGGAUUGGAAGUGCGCCCGCCUGUGUUACGCGAAGAGAUUGCUGCAGCUAAAAGCGGUCCCAGCCCUCCGGUGUUCCAGCAGGGUGACCACUUGAAGUUCGAGAACGUUUCUGUAUAUCGUCCAGAUGGUACAUUGCUUGUCAAAGAUCUGAACUUCACAGUGGAGCGUGGGCAGCGUGUACUGGUGACCGGUGGUAAUGGAUGCGGAAAGUCUAGCCUCUUUCGGGUCAUUCGCAAACUGUGGCCGCUGGUAGAAGGAACCAUCACCAUGCCGGACGACAAGGAGAUAUACUUCUUGACGCAAGUCAAUUUUGUGCCUUGCGGCUCACUUCGUGAUUUGGUCAUCUAUCCGCAGUCCAGGGAAGAGAUGCGAAUGGCGGGCUGCAGCGACGAUGAUGUACGCACGUGCCUGCGUUGGGCUCAUGUUUCUCCAACCAUCAUACAUGACGGGCGGGCUCAGCUGGAGUUUAACGAUGCAGGUCACGUUGUAAGGCCAGGCCUCGAUGACGUUCGCGAUUGGCAGAAAGAUUUAUCACCAGGCCAAAAGCAGCGACUGGCCUUUGCAAGACUAUUCUAUCACCGACCGUCUUUCGUAAUUCUGGACGAGUGCACAAAUGGAAUAUCACCUGAUGUGGAGCACGACUUGUACGACCGUUGUACACGGCUCAAUCUUGCCGUGUUCUCUAUUUCUCACAAGAUUGAGUUGAAGCUCUUCCAUGUGACUUGGCUUGUGCAUCUUGCCCCAGUAGCUCCACCCAAGCAAGAACGACUUCCAGGGCACCUCGUCCAUGUGUUUGUUCGUAGCUUCAGGGAAGUCUCUGCAGCAUGUGAGGUUGAUCGGCCCGGCUCUCUGACCGUCGUACCUUUGUGCGUAGGAUGGCAAAGUAGCCUCGUAGAAGGAUCUGAUGGGCAACGGCUUUGUUUGAUGUUUGAGUGCAAGGAGAGGGAGCUACACUACCACGGAGACCUGAAGGGCUCCUGGACGAUGAACGAAUGCUCCCAUACCCGCGACAAGAUCACGAGAGCUUCCUCCACAGUCAAGCUUCCUGAGCCUGACAAAGCCGGAAAGAAGGAAUCCAGAAUCACCUAUGAGCGGCACAUUUGGUUUGCUGAUUAA